AUUCUUUGGCAAUCGACCAUUUCCCUUCCACUGUACUCGAGUAUGCCUUGCCAUUCAUUUUCUUGUUCCAAGUUCUGCCUUGAGGGUCGGCAGACACGUUGUGGCUCACCCAAAGAAUUGACAUUCACGUCGAUGCCCUUUUCUUUUACCCUAUAUAUCAGAGCUAUUCCUCUUUGCGACGCCUCUUACUCUUCUUUGCGUAGGGAAGACGACUCGUGAACAUAGCGAAGGAUAGUAUCUCGACAAAAUGACUCGAUCCAAGAGCGUCAAGGCACCUCGGCGUACGUCCUCACGACCGCCCUCUUACCGUUCCGAGACCGGUCAAGACGACAUCGACCUCGAAGCCCAAGUCCAAGCCUCAGACGCUGUUCAGGCACCAGCCGCAACCAAUUCCAAGAUCAGUCAAGACGACAUCGAGGCCCAAGUCGAAGGCCCCGACACUGUUCAGCGACCAGCUUCUGCCAUGUUAUGUGGUCCUACCGGUUCAAUCUCAGCCUCGACCUCUAAUCAUGAUACUCACACGAUUCAACAAAAUUCAUCAGAGCAAGGCGGCACGGCAGGGCCUAUAUCGAACCCGACGCCGCCCACAGAUCAAGACAAACACCCCUACCUUGCUCGAAUCUAUUUCGUCCGGGCGUUGUUUUGCCUUGUCGAGGUAGGCGCCUGCUAUGCCGUCUUCCUCGGGCUUUGGGCCCGCUGGCCAUGGGUCAUCGAGAACAAGACGCUCGUGGGCGUUCCGUUGCUCACGUUCGGCAUAUACUGGUGCGCAGAGUUGUCGACGGUGAUCUUGAAGCUCGACAAGCUCGACAAGAGAGAGCUCAAACAGCUGGGGGGAUUGACUCACAAGGAGUGGAACGCUGUUAUGCAGAUUCUCGUGCCGUUCUUUGCAGCUGGGAUGGCGUUGUGGCUGUACCCGAUGCUUUGGCAAGGGGAUAGUGGCACAGAAGGUCUAGAUUGAGCGAAGCCGUAAGGAUGAUAAAAUCGACGGACAAUGGUGACUCCCUCGAAGUGGAUGGGUUUGGUCUUGG